GCUGCUCUCAGGAGCUCUGAUAGACGAGGCCAAACACCUGGGCAACCUGAGCUUCAACAUCUGGAACAAGAUGAAGGACGAGGUCUCCUACAAGCCUGUGAUCCUGGACCCAAAUACUGCUUAUGCAGACUUCAUCCUGUCUGAUGAACUGACCAGUGUGAGAGAACAAAAGAGAUGGGGAGAGCAACUACAACUUCCUGGUAAUCCCGAGAGGUUGGAUCGUGACUACAUAGGUGUCCUGGGCUCUGAGGGCUUUGACUCAGGGACUCACAGCUGGGAUGUCGAGGUUGGAGAAAGUACACACUGGGAACUGGGUGUGUUAGCACAGUCUGUCCAGAGGAAGAGAGACAUGCAGUCUGGAAUAUGGAGCAUAGUGUUCGGAGAAGUUGAAUACGCAGCACGGUCACUACCAGAUCCAGACACCGAUCUCGAGCCGGACACGCCGCCCCGGAGGAUCCGAGUGACUCUGGACUGGGACGGAGGAAAGCUGUCGUUCUAUGAUCUUUGUACUAACACACACAUACACACCUUCACACACACUUUCACUGAGAAGCUGUUUCCAUUGAUUGACAUUAAGGGGAUGGUGUUUGUUUUACCACAGAAGGUCUGUGUGACUGUAGAACAGAUGAAUGACUAUGAAGCUUAUAAGGAUUAUGUGGAUAAUGAUGAUGAUGGUGGUUAUGAAGGUUAUGAGGAUUAUGAUGGUAAUGAGGAUGGUGAUGAUGAUGAUGAUUAUGAUGAUUAUCAUUUCAUUAUGGGAUAAAGCAACAACUUUUUUUUAAGAUAAUUUUUGGGGCAUUUUUAGACCUUUAUUUGACAGGACAGCUGAAGACAUGAAAGGAGAGAGAGGGGGGAAAGACACGCAGCAAAGGGCCGCAGGUCGGAGUCAAACCUGCAGCCGCUGCCUUUGACGAGAGAACCUCUAUAUAUGGGCGCCCGCUAACCAGCUAACCAGGGGCCCAAAAACAAGUUUUUUAUAGUUAGAGUCAAAAGAUUUAUUAACAGCA